AAGAAUGGCUACCUCGCUUCCCUCGCAAGUCCCGACCGAGCACUUUCUUUCUUUUCCACCCUUCUCCUUCUCCGCUUCUCCCUCCCCGAUCGAUCCCGGCCAAAAGGCAAAACCCCUACCCACUGAUUCCAAACCCACCCAGCGGGCGAGAGAAAGAAUCUCUGGAGAGCGAUGCACGCGCCGGCGAGGAAGGCCGCGGGCGGAGGGGGCCGCGGCCCGGUUGCGUCGGCGCUGCUGCUGCUGGCGGUCGGGGUGUUCGCCUUCCUGAUCUCGUACAGCGUGCUCGCCAUGGUGCUACGAGGCGGCGGUGGCGGCGGCAACGGAGGAGGAGGAGGAACUGCGGGGCUUGGGACGGGAGCGAGGGACCCGGUGGUGCGGAUGCCAGAGUGGAUGCGGGCGGCGGGCGGCGCGAGGGGCCAGAGGCGGCCCUUCCACGUGGCGCUCACGGCCACGGACGCCCCGUACAGCAGGUGGCAGUGCCGGGUCAUGUACUUCUGGUACAAGCGGAUGCAGGCGCGGCCGGAGGGCACCGACAUGGGCGGCUUCACCCGCGUGCUGCACUCGGGGAAGCCUGACGGCCUCAUGGACGAGAUCCCCACAUUCGUCGUCGACCCCCUCCCCGCCGGCAAGGACCGUGGCUAUAUCGUCCUAAACAGGCCAUGGGCAUUUGUACAAUGGCUGCAGCGGGCAAAGAUUGAAGAAGAGUACAUACUGAUGGCAGAACCAGAUCAUAUAUUUGUGAAACCUUUACCAAAUUUAGCUUUUGACAAUGAUCCAGCAGCAUUCCCCUUCUUUUACAUCACACCAUCCGAACAUGAAAAAAUUAUCAGGAAAUACUAUCCUGAAGAAAGGGGUCCAAUCACAAAUGUUGACCCUAUCGGGAAUUCCCCUGUAAUAAUUAAGAAGACACUGCUUGAGAAGAUUGCUCCCACAUGGAUGAAUGUAUCACUAGAAAUGAAAGAGGAUCAAGAGACUGACAAGGCUUUUGGAUGGGUUUUGGAAAUGUAUGCAUAUGCUGUUGCCAGUGCAUUGCAUGGGGUUCAGCAUAUCCUUCGUAAAGAUUUCAUGAUCCAGCCACCAUUUGAUAAGAAGCUCGACAAUACAUUUAUUAUCCACUUCACCUAUGGAUGUGACUAUACACUCAAGGGCGUACUGACAUAUGGAGAAAUUGGUGAGUGGAGAUUCGACAAGAGAUCAUACCAAGAUAGGCCACCGCCAAGAAAUCUUACAUUGCCCCCUCCAGGAGUGCCAGAAAGCGUGGUUACACUGGUAAAAAGGGUCAAUGAAGCUACCGCAAACCUUCCUAGGUGGGAUGAUGGAUUAUAAUCUAUGUGGACGUCAAAUAUCCGAGCCCCUUAGGGGUAUACAUCAGAAAUACAGUAGAUAGUUUUUCUUUCAUACUUAGGCCCUGCUAGGAACACGGGAAUUUUCCCGAUUCCUGCAGGAACUAACUCUUUCCAGUGAAUUAUCUGAGAUCCAAACAGAACCUUUACAGAAAAAAAGAACAUAGCAGCCCAGUUUGUUUUCAGGUUAUCUUGUAAAUUUUUCUGACUGGUAAGAUUGAAAUAGUCAUAUGAUUCGAGCA